AUGGCCCCGGCUGCUGAUAUGACUUCUUUGCCACUCGGUGUCAAAGUGGAGGACUCCGCCUUCGGGCCGCCGGCGGGGAUAAGCGGGGGACAGGCCCCCAGCGCCGCCAUGGGCGCCGAUGAGGAGGGGGCCAAACCCAAAGCGGCCCCCUCGUUGCUGCCCUUCAGCGUGGAAGCGCUCAUGGCUGACCACCGGAAGCCCGGAGCCAAGGAGAGCUCCCUGGCCACCCCUGAGGGCGCGCCGGUGGCGGCGGGGGGCUCAGCGCAGCCUCUGGGCGCCCGCGCAGGGACCCUGGGCGCCCCGGAUGCGCCCUCAUCGCCGCGGCCGCUCGGCCCCUUCUCGGUAGGAGGACUUCUCAAAAUUCCUGAAGAGGUCAAGGCUGAGAGUCCCGAAAAGCCCGAGAGGACCCCGUGGAUGCAGAGCCCCCGCUUCUCCCCGCCCCCGGCCCGGCGGCUGAGCCCCCCGGCCUGCACCCUACGCAAGCACAAGACCAACCGCAAGCCGCGGACGCCCUUUACCACCGCGCAGCUGCUGGCGCUGGAGCGCAAAUUCCGCCAGAAGCAGUACCUGUCCAUUGCUGAGCGCGCCGAGUUCUCUAGCUCACUCAGCCUCACCGAGACGCAGGUGAAGAUCUGGUUCCAGAACCGCCGCGCCAAGGCCAAGAGACUGCAGGAGGCUGAGCUGGAGAAACUGAAGAUGGCUGCUAAACCCAUGCUGCCGCCGGCCGCCUUCGGCCUUUCCUUCCCGCUCGGCGGCCCGGCGGCGGUGGCGGCUGCGGCUGGAGCUUCACUUUAUGGCGCCUCCAGCCCCUUCCAGCGCGCCGCGCUGCCCGUGGCUCCCGUGGGACUCUACACGGCCCAUGUGGGCUACAGCAUGUACCACCUGACCUAG